UUGAACUAGUGUUGUGAUUUUUCCAGUCGACUUUUCGCACGUGUUCGUGACGUUCCUGUUUAAAUCACGAAGCAGAAAGAAGAAGAGGAGCAUGCGUCAUGUCGUGUUAGUCCUAUAACGGAAUAUUUGGAUCACAGAUAAGUGCAUUUGAAAACCUCGUUUAAGAAUAACGGUGAAUAUUUUUCAACAUGGGACGUACGGUGACCGUUGCCGUGUGCACAUUAAACCAAUGGGCGAUGGAUUUCGAUGGGAAUACCAGGAGAAUUUUGCAGAGUAUACAAGAGGCGAAGGAUGCUGGUGCCACUUACAGAAGCGGUCCCGAGCUGGAAAUCUGUGGUUACAGCUGCGAGGACCAUUUCUACGAAUCAGACACAUUACUUCAUAGCUGGGAAGUUGUAGCGACCCUUCUAAAAUCCAGUGUUUGCGAGGAUGUAUUGAUAGAUGUGGGUAUGCCGGUGAUGCACAAGAACGUGACAUAUAACUGCAGAGUAGCCUUUCUGAAUCGGCGGAUUUUACUGAUCAGGCCGAAAAUGCGACUCUGUGAGGACGGCAACUACAGGGAAACCAGAUGGUUCUCUCCUUGGACCAAAGAACGUACGGUCGAGGAUUAUUUUCUGCCGCGAAUGAUAUCGCAAAUCACCGGUCAGACCGUAGUGCCAUUCGGUGAUGCGGUCAUCGCGACGAGGGAUACCUGCGUAGGUUUCGAAAUAUGUGAGGAACUUUGGCAUCCAGCCAGUAAUCAUAUUCCGAUGUCAUUAGACGGCGUGGAAAUUAUCACGAAUGGAAGCGGUUCAUACUUUGAGCUACGUAAAGCCUACAUCACUGUGGAUCUCGUUAAGUCAGCUACUUUCAAAGCUGGCGGUUGCUACAUGUUCAGUAAUUUGCGCGGAUGUGACGGUGGCAGACUAUACUUUAACGGUGGCUCCAGCAUCACACUCAAUGGCGUCAUAUUAAAUCGUGGACGGCAAUUCGCUCUUGAAGACGUGGAAGUGACUGUCGCCACAUUCGAUCUCGAGGAUAUAAGGAAUUAUCGAAAUAGCAUCAGAUCGCGAUCGCAUGCGGCCGCUGCGUCGCCUAGUUAUCCACGUGUGAAAAUCGAUUUUGCGCUGACGCCAGAAAAUCUCGUCUCAAAUCCACCAGAUCGACCGCUCGACGCAGCCCAGGAUAUAUACGGCGAUAAUGAUGGGCAUUCGAAUGUCGCUUAUCACACUCCAGAAGAAGAGAUUGCGAUGGCACCUGCGUGCUGGCUGUGGGACUAUCUGAGACGAUCUUGUCAAGGUGGAUUUUUCUUACCACUGAGCGGUGGCGUUGACUCCGCGUCUUCAGCAUGUAUCGUAUACUCGAUGUGCGAAAUGAUCGUCGAAUCAGUCGGUAGAGGAGACACACAAGUCUUAGCGGAUAUCAGAAAGAUCGUCGGCGACUGUGAAUACGUACCGUUAGACCCAAAGCAAUUGUGCAACACUAUCCUUGUCACGUGCUAUAUGGGAACGGAGAACUCAUCGUCGGAGACUAAGACCCGAGCGGCCGAGUUAGCCAGUCAAAUAGGGUCCUAUCAUCAUGGGAUAGUCAUAGAUACCGCGAUAUCUGCGAUUUUAGGGAUCUUCCAACAGGUCACUAAGCUGACACCGAGGUUCAGAAUACAAGGUGGAUCGCCUAGGGAGAACCUGGCUUUACAAAAUGUACAGGCUCGAUUAAGAAUGGUGAUCGCUUACUUAUUCGCUCAAUUAAUGUUAUGGGUCAGAGGCCGCCCGGGUGGUCUCUUAGUAUUAGGGAGCGGCAAUGUAGACGAGGCGUUACGUGGUUACCUCACUAAGUACGAUUGUAGUAGCGCUGAUAUCAAUCCAAUCGGUGGCAUAGCGAAGAACGAUUUAAAGAAAUUCCUUCUAUAUUUUAGACGCAAACACGGAAUAUUCGCUUUGGAUAAUAUCCUGGAUGCGCCACCCACUGCGGAACUGGAACCGCUGCAAGCGGGUCAGCUUGCACAAUUGGACGAAGUAGAUAUGGGCAUGACCUACAAGGAACUUUCAAUUUUUGGACGAUUAAGGAAACAGAGUAACGCCGGGCCUUUUACAAUGUUCUGCAGACUUGUGCAUAUGUGGGACCAUUGUACCCCGAAAGAAAUUGCCGAUAAGGUGAAACACUUCUACAGAUGUUACGCUAUAAAUCGUCAUAAGAUGACGAUACUGACUCCGGCCUGCCACGCGGAAUCGUACAGUCCAGACGACAAUCGAUUCGAUCACCGUCCCUUCCUCUAUAAUCAUUCGUGGAAGUGGCAAUUUGCGGCGAUCGAUGAACAGGUGAAACGACUCAGCAGUGAAGAGAAGUCAUCCAAACCGCAUAAGGACGCUGCUAUGCGGACUCCCAGAUACAUGACAUUGAGCUCCGUAAUCAGCAAUAAAACGCAUCCUGGAGUAGUAGUUUAGCCGUAGCACUUCUCUUAUUAUAUUGCAUUGCAGCGCUGCAAUAAAUGGA